GUGUUCUGUUUUGGGCGGAAGCUCGGGGCGAGAAGGAGGAGCUAUUCUAGGGGGCGAGUCCUUGUCUUUGGCGUGGAGGCUGCUUCCGGGUUGCGCUCCCGGAAGCAGGAAGUUGUCGGUUCAUCCUUCUCGCCCGGCGGCUGCGGGCUCCGAGGCGGGAGGAGCCCGAGCGGGUGCAGGCCCCGCAUGAAUUAUUGUAGUCAAUCACUUUCCAGUUCUCAGCCACUCAGUUGUGGUCAAGAGAUACAUGGUCUUGGAACUGCCAGCUCAGAAUAGGAAAGUAAGUGGGAAUUUAUAUGGGAAGACAUGGAUCUUGCUGCCAAUGAGCUCAGCAUUUAUGACAAACUUUCAGAAACUGUUGAUUUGGUGAGACAGACAGGCCAUCAAUGUGGCAUGUCAGAGAAGGCGAUUGAAAAAUUUAUCCGACAGCUGCUGGAAAAGAAUGAACCUCAGAGGGGGCCACCCCAGCAUCCUCUCCUCAUAGCUGUGUAUAAGGUCCUUGUAACCUUGGGAUUAAUCUUGCUCACUGCCUACUUUUUGAUUCAGCCUUUCAGCCCAUUAGCACCUGAGCCAGUGCUUUCUGGAGCUCACACCUGGCGCUCACUUAUCCAUCACAUUAGGCUGAUGUCCUUGCCCAUCACCAAGAAGUACAUGUCAGAAAAUAAGGGAGUUCCUCUGCAUGGGGGUAAUGAAGACAAACCCCUUCCAGACUUUGACCCCUGGUGGACAAGUGACUGUCAGCAGAAUGAGUCAGAGCCCAUCCCUGCCAACUGCACUGGCUGCAUCCAGAAACUACCCCUGAAGGUGAUGCUUCUGGAGGAUGCCCCGAAGAAAUUUGAGAGGCUUCAUCCUAUGGUGAUCAAGACUGGGCAGCCCCUGUUGACUGAGGAGAUUCAGCAUUUUUUGUGCCAGUACCCUGAGGCGACAGAAGGCUUCACGGAAGGGUUUUUUACCAAGUGGUGGCGCUGCUUUCCUGAGCGGUGGUUCCCGUUUCCUUAUCCAUGGAGAAGACCUCUGAACAGGUCACAAAUGCUACAUGAGCUUUUUCCUGUUUUCACCCACCUGCCAUUUCCAAAAGAUGCCUCUUUAAAAAAGUGCUUCCUCUUUCUUCCGGAAUCUGUUGUGGGGACUAAGAUACAUAAGAUGCAUGACCUGUUUAUCAUCGGCAGCGGCGAGGCCAUGCUGCAGCUCAUCCCUCCCUUCCAGUGCCGAACACAUUGUCAGUCCAUGGCCAUGCCAGUAGUGCCAGGGAAUAUCGGCUAUGCCGACACCACCCACUGGAAGAUCAACAUUAUAGUCAGAGGGUCCCAGCCUUUGGUCAUCUGCGAUGGAACUACUUUCUCAGAACUGUAAGAGACAGAACUAUUUACAGGAGCAGUUUUGAGAGCUGAAAACCAAGUUGAAAGGGGGAAAUAAAAAGCAAAAACGAGGAAACCGGUUUCCAGGGGUUGGUUGCUUAGUUACCUGCCCUUUGCAUGCAUGUGCAAGCCAGCUGUGAGCUGUAAGGGAGCGGCAGGGCUGAGCCCUCCUGACUCUUCCUGCACACGGCUCAGGAAUGAUUCUAGCCCAGCUUGGCUAGGACUCUGCCAGCACCCAUCUGUGAGAGACUGAGCUCUUCCAGGCCUUUGGGCACUGCCCCUCAGUCAGGAAACAGGGCUGGUGCCCUCCUUCAUCCACAUGGGCAGCGGAGAGGGCAGCUGGGAGGUUUUGACAUCAGAGCCAUCCUUCACCAGGUGGACCUGGUCAUCCCCAUCUUCCUGGACUUUUUUGGAAAGCCAUGGCUGAUUGCAGUUUCUCAAGCAGAAUAGAAUCUAGAACCAGUGAAAGAAGAUCACAUAACCUUGAAUUGCCCUCAAGAAGUAUACUAAACAAUUCUUCAGAUUAUACCUAACCCCACAGAUGGGACCAGGAGCCCCUGGGAAAGACCCUUGGCAAAUCGGAUUCUAUAACCCAGUGCCCAUGGCUCUUGGCCUCUCCAUGAUGCCAGGCUGGAGUCUGGUUAUAAUUCAAAAUGGUGGUUCCUAAGGUCACAGUGGCCUCUGUUUUAUCAGAUUCUUACGCCCUCACCCCCUCCCUCCCCUAGCCUGUCUGGAUGUUUUCUGAGAAGCUGGGCUCUAGUCCCCUGCCUGCCCAUUACUGCUGAGACAGCACUGCUCCUGUCAACUGUGUUGCCUUUCCCAAUGUCUUCAGAGGGGAGUGAGAGAGAGUAGCUGGCCUGGGAGAGGGUGCCUCCCUGGGUUUGAUCUUUAGGGUCUGACUUUCUGCAGAAAAGAUGUUUUACAGAUGUGUCAGGGCUGAUGUUGUAAUGUGGUUGGGGAGGAACUCCAAAACAUGUUUGCCAGCUGGGCGUGCAACUGACUGUAUGAUUCUCUGACUUAAAAUGGUUUCUCUCUUUGUGCUGGGAAAUAAGGUGAGGUAUGUUUAUUUUUUUGUGAUAAUAUAAAGCUGUGUUUUUCUGAUUGGA